AUGGGCGUCGGUACACUCAUUCACCACAUCGGCACCCUGCUGCUGCUCGUCGCGACAGUGCUUCUGCUCGUCGUUGACGUGACGGCCCCCGUCGUCAACACCCUGUCCAUCCUCAAGGUCGAUCUCGGCCGCGGCGUCCAGGGGACUCAAGUCACCUUUGGCACCUUUGGCUACUGUCACCUCAACGUAAAGGACACCGACUCCUGCUCCAACUCUCGCAUCGGCUACGACCCGGCCUCCGUCAUCUCCGACAUCGACGACACCGACUUCUCCGAUGCUGAGGAGGCCACCUCGAGGGCCCUCACCCGCGUCAUGGUCCUGCAUCCCGUCGCCACCGCCCUGUGCUUCAUCGCCUUCCUUCUCUGCAUCGCAACCAACGUCGUCGGCUCCAUCGCCGCCACCUUCUUCGCCCUUCUCGCUUUCGUCGUCACCAUCGUCGCCCUCAUCUGCGACGUUGUCGCCUUCGCCAUCGUCAAGCGCGCCGUCAACAAGAACGGUCGCAGCACCGCCCGCUGGGGCUCCGCCAUCUGGCUCCUUGUCGCCGCCGCCCUCUGCUGUCUCUUCGCCGCCCUCGUCGUCUUCGUCACCUGCUGCGUCAAGCGUUCCAAGAAACGACGCGCCGCCGUUCAAGCCAAGGAGGGCCACACGAACUCGGCCACCCCCAAACGCCGUUUCUGGCAGCGUAGCCCACGCGCCUAG